AUGUCUUACUACCAGAACCCCCGGCAGCUGUCCGGAUUCUAUGGCGAUCUCUCCACAGCCGGCGCCGGCGGCAUGCCCAUGCCGGGCUACGACCCGUAUGCGGUCAGCGCAGUUCCUCCUCUCCAGAUGCCACAAGCCGGUCCCGCGAUGGGUGGGCCCGUGGGUGGACCCUUGCCGACACAACACCGGGCAUCGUCCGGGGCGUGGAACCAGGAAGACGACCGAACAUUGUUGGCGCUGCGGGCGAUGGGCAAGAACUGGAACCAGAUCCAGAGGGAGGCCUUCCAAGGCAAGACGGGCAACGCGUGCCGGAAGAGGCACGAGCGGUUGAUGGAGCGCCGCGGCCAAAACGACUUUGACAACCGGAAGCUGGAGCGUCUGUGCAAGGAAUACAUGAGCAUGCGCAAGGAGAUCUGGCAACCGCUUGCCUCGCGGUGCGGCGAGAAGUGGAACGUCGUUGAGAUGCAGUGCAUGUCCAACGGCCUCAAAAACAUCCAAUCCCACGCCCGCGCCUACGCUCGCCGCGAACGCCUCGAAUCCGGCCAGCCCCUAACGGCCUACGACGACGAUGGCGGUCUCGGCUGCCUCACCCCCGUCGACGAUGUCGACGUCGCCGACCAGUCCUACAGCUCCCCGGAAACGGGCGGCUCCACCACAGGCGCCCACUCCACCCCCGGCGGCAGUUCCGGGUCGGGCGGUUCCGGGGCCUUCGCCACCAUGCACCCGCACCAGCAGCACCACCCCCAGGCCGCGGCUGCCGCGGCGGGAUACCAGGGGUACGGCGGGUACGGCCACCACCAGCAGCACCACCAACAACAGGCGCACCACGGCCAUGGGUAUAGCAACAGCGUGUCGAGCACGGGCACCGCGGGCGGGUAUGGCGGCGCACCCCAGCAGGCGUCGGGGUCCGGUAGCCAGGGAACGAGCCCGUAUAUGGGGCAUGGCGGGAGGCUGCCCAGCGUGGGGGAUAUGGGGAUCGAUGCGAUUAUUAAUCGGGGGCAGGGCAGCUAA